GCGGGCGGGCGGAGGGAGCCAGCUGAGUCCGAAUCGAGCCCUACCCCGAGAGCGGGCGGGCGGGCUGGCCAAGCGCGCAGCAGCGGCGGACGGCGGACGGAGCUCGGCACCUGACAACUCGCGCCUCCCAGCCAGCCCCGCGGCUGGGCAGCCGCAGGAGCCCUGGCUGUGGCCAGGGGGCAGUGGGCCAUGCCGGGGGCAGUGGAAGGCCCCAGCUGGAAGCAGGCGGAGGACAUUGGGGACAUUUACGACUUCCGUGAUGUUCUGGGAACAGGGGCCUUCUCGGAGGUAAUCCUGGCAGAAGAUAAGAGGACUCAGAAGCUGGUGGCCAUCAAAUGUAUCGCCAAGAAGGUUCUGGAGGGCAAGGAGGGCAGCAUGCAGAAUGAGAUUGCUGUCCUGCACAAGAUCAAGCACCCCAACAUUGUAGCCCUGGAUGACAUCUAUGAAAGUGGGGGACACCUCUAUCUCAUCAUGCAGCUGGUGUCAGGUGGGGAGCUGUUUGACCGAAUUGUGGAAAAAGGCUUUUACACAGAGCGGGACGCCAGCCGCCUCAUCUUCCAGGUGCUGGAUGCCGUCAAGUACCUGCACAACCUGGGCAUCGUACACCGAGACCUCAAGCCAGAGAAUCUGCUGUACUACAGCCUGGAUGAAGACUCCAAGAUCAUGAUCUCCGACUUUGGCCUCUCCAAGAUGGAAGACCCCGGCAGCGUGCUGUCCACAGCCUGCGGGACCCCAGGAUACGUGGCCCCUGAAGUGCUGGCCCAGAAGCCCUACAGCAAGGCAGUGGAUUGCUGGUCCAUUGGGGUCAUCGCCUAUAUCCUGCUCUGUGGUUAUCCCCCCUUCUAUGACGAGAACGAUGCCAAACUCUUUGAACAGAUUUUGAAGGCCGAGUACGAGUUUGACUCUCCUUAUUGGGACGACAUCUCUGACUCUGCCAAAGACUUCAUCCGGCACUUGAUGGAGAAGGAUCCAGAGAAGAGGUUCACCUGUGAACAGGCCUUGCAGCACCCCUGGAUUGCAGGAGAUACAGCUCUAGAUAAGAAUAUUCACCAGUCGGUGAGCGAGCAGAUCAAGAAGAACUUUGCCAAGAGCAAGUGGAAGCAAGCCUUCAAUGCCACGGCCGUGGUGCGGCACAUGAGGAAGCUACAGCUGGGCACCAGCCAGGAGGGGCAGGGACAGACGGCGAGCCACGGGGAGCUGCUGGCCCCAGCAGCUGGGGGGCCGGUGGCCAGCUGCUACUGUCGAGACUGCUGCGUGGAGCCGGGCCCGGAACUGUCUCCCACACUGGCCCCCCAGCUCUAGGGGUCUGGAUCCCCCGUGUAGGAGGGGUUGGGGGCAGCCUGCUCCCCCGUCCCUGAACUGGGGAGUUACCCUGCUCCACCCGCUCCGCACCCCUUUCCCUACAGCCCCUGCACUGCAUUUUCCAUACAAAUGUUUCUAUUUUAUUGUUCCUUCUUAUAAUAAAGGGAAGAGGUUAAAACCA